AUGGCUGAGGAAGAGGAAGUCAAUCCGAAGGCCUAUCCCUUGGCCAAGGAGACGUUGACCGUCACUAUCCUGGAUUUGGUGCAGCAGGCAGCGAACUACAAGCAGCUAAAGAAGGGUGCCAACGAGGCCACGAAGACUCUGAACCGUGGCACCGCCGAACUUGUGAUCCUUGCCGCGGAUGCCGAGCCACUAGAGAUCCUUCUGCACUUGCCCCUGGUCUGUGAAGACAAGAACGUACCCUAUGUUUUCGUGAAGUCCAAGACGGCUUUGGGCCGAGCCUGCGGAGUCUCCAGGCCGGUGAUCUCCUGUUCGAUCACCUCCAAGGAAGGUUCUCAGCUGAACACGCAGAUACAGGACCUGAAAGACCAGAUCGAGAUGAUCCUCGUCUGA